CAAAGAGAGAGAAAUGUUUUAGAUUAGUUGCUUAUUUAUCAAGAUUCUUAUCAUAUUAUUUACAAAGACAAGGAUUUUCAAAACAGUUGAUUACUUUAUUUAAAGAUUUGAAAAACCAUGUUACCUUUAUUAGAAAAGGAAUGAGAUUUUUAAAACCAUUGAAUCAUCUUCAAGCUGCUUCUCAAGCAUACGACAACAAAUUGAUGGAUCCAGUGUUACUGUACACUACUGUUAUUAGAAAUCUUGGAUACUUCGGGUACUUAUCACUUGAUUCGAUUACCUGGUUUAAAAUGAUGGGUAUCGUGGAUUCCAAGAAAUUUACCACUGUUCCAACCUGGGCUUCAAGAUUCUGGUUACUUGGUUUAAUUGCUGGUGUUAUUAAUUCAGUCAGAACUUAUAAGAUCAAUAAUGCUAAAUUAGAACAAGCUGAUGAAAAAACUGAUGUUGAUGCUAUAAAUUCAAAGAUUUACUCUGCUAAAAGAAAAUUCAUUUGGGACUUGUUAGAUAUGUUCAUUGCUUUGAAUUCUUUGAAUUACUUGCAUUUCACCGAAGGUGAUGUUGGUUUAGCUGGUACUAUUACCUCUAUCAUGGGUUUGAAAGAUUUAUGGAAAGCCACCAAAGUUUAACCUGUUCUAUCUUGUUUUUCUUGUUAGUUAUAUAUAUUAUAUACAGUUUAUUUAUUUGCUUUUAUUCAUAUUUCGUAGUUUGGUUAUUAUUCCCAGCAUAAUAACCCUCCCAGAAUGAUUUCAUAAUCACUUGUUUUAACUCUUGUUGGAGUUGUUGAUUGUCUUUGGUUACUUUCUCGAGCAUCUCUGGAAUUUCAAUUUCUAGAACGGGCCCUGGCCCAUCACUUG